UCUGCCAUCACUGUGUUUACUCUCCAUAGCCCUAAACCGUGGAUAGACAUAAUCAUUUAGACACAAGGAAAACUCUUCCGGGAAUACAAAUGUAACACAUUCACCAAACACACACGGGUUUUACAGAACCGCCAGUUACUGAAACGCGCAUCCCCAACGAAGGUUAAAUGAGUAGAGAUACCAUGUCACGUGUAGCAAAGAAAAGGCAGGCAGACCCCAAAGUGGUCCAGUAUAUAUGGGCAGCCAUUGAAGUCAUCCGGAAUCAGAAACAAAUUGCAAACAUGGACAGAAUAUCAAAGUACUUGACGCGAGUGUUCGGCAUGCAUCCCAAAGAGACCAUGCGACAGCUGGGCCAGGCUGUGAAGGACGGGCUGGUUGUGGAGACGCUGACCGUGGGCUGCAAGGGCUCCAAGGCCGGAAUCGAGCAGGAAGGAUAUUGGUUGCCUGGAGACGAGAUUGAGCAGGGGACUGAAGGCAGUAAGGAGUGGGAGUCAGAAAGCCAUGACUGGUACUGCUUUGAGUGCCACCUCCCGGGAGAUGUGCUGGCCUGCGACUCGUGCUUCCGGGUCUACCAUCUCAAAUGCAUGUCAGAAGAGUGGAAGCCGAGGGAGAGCAGCGCGCAUUGGCAUUGCACUGUCUGCAGGACUAGCAAAAAGAAGAGUUGUAAUAAACAGGAAAUGAGCAAAUACCUGCGGUUCAUUGUGCAGCGCAUGAAGGAGAGGGCAAUAGACUUGAAUAAGAAAGGGAAAGAUUGCAAGCACCUGAUGUACAAAAGGCUGAUUCACACGCCGCUGGAUGUUUCAAACAUACAAGAGAAUGUCAAUGAAGGCAAAUAUAAAAGUUUUGAAGAGUUCAAAGCUGACGCCAAGCUGAUCGUCCACAACACAGCAAUUCUGUAUGGAGUUCACAGUGACCAGGCUGAAAGAGCGAGGCUGCUCUACAGUGACACAUGCCAUGAGCUGAAUGAACUGCAGCUCUGCAAAAACUGUUUCUAUUUGUCAAAUGCACGACCUGAUAGCUGGUUUUGCUACCCGUGCAUGCCGAAUCACGAAUUAGUUUGGGCCAAAAUGAAGGGGUUUGGAUACUGGCCAGCAAAAGUGUUACAAAGAGAAGACAGUCAAGUGGAUGUGCGAUUCUUUGGUCACCAACAUCAGAGGGCAUGGAUUCCCUCAGACAACAUCCAGGAUAUCAAGGUGAAUGUGCAGCAGCUGCAGGUGAAGCGCAGCAUGGGCUGGAAGAAGGCCUGCGACGAGCUGCAGCUGCACCAGCGCUUCCUGCGAGAGGGGAGGCUCUGGAAAACCAAGGUGGAGGACAGACACGAGGAAGAGGCAGAGUCCGGCAUCUCCUCUACCAGCAACGAACAGCUUAAGGUUACCCAAGAGCCCAAAGCAAAGAAAGGGCGUCGCAGCCAACAUUUGGAACCAAAAGAAGAAGACCCAGAGCCUGAGAUUGAGGCAGUCAGUUCCAGUCAGGAGAUCCCCACAACACAUCACCAGCCUGAAAAGGUUUCUGUCUCGACUCAGACCAAAAAAACAAGUGCCUCCUCCCCAAGAACACUGCCCCGGAGCACCCAGACGAACAACGACGGCGUGUGCCAGAACAUGUGCCACGAGAAAUACACCAAAAUCUUCAACGACGUCAAAGAGAGGAUGAAAGCUGAUAACAAGCGGGAGACUGAGCGAGUGCUACGAGAAGCCUUGGAAAAGCUCCGCACAGAUAUGGAGGAGGAGAAGCGGAAGGCCGUGUCUAACAUGCAGGCAGAGAUGGACAGAAAGUGCAAGCAGGUCAAGGAGAAAUGCAAGGAGGAGCUGGUGGAGGAGAUCAAGAAAAUGGUCUCGCAGCACAAACAGCUGGUUUCUCAGACCAAGAAGAAGCAGUGGUGCUAUAACUGUGAGGAGGAGGCCAUGUACCACUGCUGCUGGAACACGUCCUACUGCUCUAUCAAAUGCCAGCAGGAGCACUGGCACACAGAGCACAAACGCACCUGCCGCAGGAAGAGAUGAAGCUGCUCUCCUUUGUAUUGUCCUGUCAGUGACUCGCAUUAUUUUUAUAAACACAAAAUUGGGUAGUUUUCUUUUUCUGAAAUCUCAUUUGCACCAGCCUUUAAACACAUUGCGUACUGAAAACUUUGCACAGUGAUCUUAUAUAUAUAUUAUCAAUUUAUUUUCUUUGUGGAAAAUGCCCAAUAGUAUUGUUGUUACUGUUUUAAUUGUUGGUUUUAAUAUUAUAGUAUUAUUAUUUCCUCCAGUCACAGUUAGACGUGAAGGGGCAUUAUUAAUGUGCUCAGAGAGGGAAAGUUUCUUUUUUUUUUUUUUUUUUUUUCCCUGGAGUGUUAUUACUACCUUUGUUGGUGAAUGUUAUUUAAGUCUGUAGCAAAUGGUUAGCAUUUACACAUUUUCAGUACGUUUUACUGUCUUACUGGAUCUUUCUUGUUUGUUUUGUUUUAAAUCUUAUUUCUUACUAUGAAAGAAAAAAAAAAAAAGCUCCGAAAGUCGAGUUUAAAAACUAUGGAAACAAUCCUGUAGCAGAAUUGUUACAUUUUACAGAUUGCAUUUAAUGUUGUAACUUUUUUAAAUUAGUUUUUUUUUUUUUUUUUUUUUUUUUUAAUACUAAUAUAGCUCUUAGAGGUUAAAACUCUCGCCCCUUGUCAGGUGAGUGGCAUUAUUAUUGGUUUCUAUCCAUUGGUUUCUAAUUGUGAGGGUAGAAUUAAAAUUAGGGAACAGGGUUAUCAUGGCAGGUAGUGCCAAACAAGUGUGCAUUUAAACUUUUGGUUUAUCUGGUUGUCUUUUAAAUAUACUGUAAUUUUUU